AUGGAAAAAACAGAUACAGAGAGAGGCUUAGAAUAUUUCUCUCUGGUUCGACCUGCACCACCAGUUAAAGAAAAGGCAAUACGACUGUUUGGUAAAGAAUUUGGAGGUAACUCCACAGUUGAGGCUCAAUCAGAAUCCAAUAAAACUAAUGCUGCAGGCAAAGAGGCAAAUCGAGAGAUGGGCAGCAGAAAAUUUGAAUGCCACUUUUGUCACAGAAACUUCCCUACUUCUCAGGCCCUUGGAGGCCACCAGAAUGCACACAAGAGUGAGCGUCGACGUGCUAAGCAUUCUUACCUUCAGUCUGCAUUAACUGUGCAUGUUGGCCUUGCUGAUCGGACACCUAUAUUUGACCGGACCAAUUAUAACAAGGGUUCAGCCUCGACCCCUGUUAUGGCUCACCAUUCAUUUAGCAGUAGAAGCAAUACUUACACUGGGUUCUACGGAGGCUACACCUCUUAUUCCCCAUCACUAACUAAUGAGAGUCCCUUGGCAUUGCCGCGAAUCUCCUGUUCCCCUACUUCUAUCAGCAGGGAGCAAUCAAUUCAUCAGCAGCCGUUGUUCUCUAACCUUAACUCGAGGCUAUCAUCAACCAGUGACUCUAUUUCUCAAAGUGGGUUUGGGUACGUCUCAAAACUGAGCUUGAAAGAUCAUUUGUGUUUGGAUUUACAUCUUUGA